GUUUAGCAUAUUGAAUAUAGUUGAAAAGGUGUCCGAAGGUGCGUAUAGCAGUUGCCAUCGGGCGUGUCUUCCGCCUUGAAAAACCCUACUCUAAAACUUUCUCAACUCAUUUCGACUUUAUCUACAAUUUAACAUUGUUUUUCUUCUCAAUUAAAUAAAGGGAGAAGGAUAAAAGAAUAAAAAAAUGGCGUUAAAAAUUAUAUGUAUUAUCUCCAUGCUGUCAGUUUAUUUAUGUUUAGUUCAAUCAGCGAAAAUAAGUGAACAUGAAUUCGGUUGUCAAAUAAGGAAAGAAAAAACUAUGACAACAAGAGUGGAGAAUGAUUUUAAGGAUGAGAUAGAUAAUUGGCAAGCCAUCUUACUAUUAAUAUUUUAUGGAAUUUUCGGUAUAUUUAUCUGUCUAAUCUACAAAAUAUUUAGGUUAGUAAUAUUUCGUAUAUUAAUAUAAAUAUGUAUCUAGUUAGGUAUGUAUUUAUAUAGAUAUUAAUGAUAGAUAUGCUAAUUAGUUGAUAAAUAUGUUUGUCAAUAGCUUUUCAUACUUCGUUAGUAAUGCGAACUUAUAUAUAUUUUGAUGCGUAUCUCCUUGACACUUAUUUCGAUGCUGGAGGCGAUAUGAACAUCGGUUUAGUUGCUAUUGGAGUUAUUGCAAGAUUAUUACUCCCAACAUCUUUUACGAAGGCAGCUGCGGACACAGCUACGUACGGUAUUGCUGGUCAAUUCUGGCAUGCUGUUGGUUCUACAAUCGGUGUAUUUCUAUUUGCCAUAGUAGUUGCAGAGAUUAGAAUAAAGGCUCCAGGAGCUAAAACCUUCUUACAGGUUAUCAAAAAAAGAUUCGGAACUCCAGCCCAUAUAACACUAAUGAUUUUUGCUGUUUUGGCUAAUGUUCUUAUUAUGGGAGCAGUCUGCAAAGAAGGAAUGGGAAUUAUCGGUGCUCAAAGUGACGGAUUAACGGGAUAUCCAAUAGCAGUGAUUGUUGCUAUAGUCGUUGCACUAAUAACUAUCUUUGGCGGUGUUGGUGGAACUUUCUACUUGGCUUAUUUCUCUGUUGGAUUAUUCUUUAUUUUACAAUUUAUUUUGUACACUAAUCUUUUCUACCAUAAGUUGGAUAAGAACGGCUUUUCACACUCCGGAGAUAGAGAGAAAAUAUACAAUUUAACGAAUUCAAUAAGAGUAGCUGAAAAUGUAUCGAAGAAUAGAGAAUGUUCCUAUUUGACAUUUAUUACUCCCGAUGCUGUUUAUGUCGGAGCUGUUGAAAUUUUAACUUCAAUAGCGUUAAUAUUCGUUAACCAGAGCUUUUGGCAGGCGGGUAUCUCUGCUAAACCACAACAAGGCGUAUGGAGUUUUAUUUUGGGCGGACUUUGUUAUUUCCCCAUUCCAUUCAUGACCGGAUUAACUUUUGGAGUUCAUUACUUAGCUUCAGAAGGUAAAAUACUAAGUACUUCGGAUAUUAGAGAUGGUUUUCUCGGAGCCUAUUCUGCUCAUAAGAUGCUCAAUAACACUGGAGACUUUAUAUUCUUUGUAAUGACAAUGCUAUCUGUUACCUACAUCUGUGCUACUCAAAUCCUCAGUUUGUCAUCGAUAAUUUGCUACGAUUUCUACAUGACGUAUAUAGCUUCUUUUAAAUCACGUAAAACGAACGAAGAUCAAUCAAUGAAAACAAGAAAUGUGAUAAAGAACGAAGAAUUUACUCAUUAUGACAAACGAUGCGUAACAGUCAAGCACGUUGUUGUACUUAGCUGCUCAAUUUGUCUUCUAAUAGUCUCUCUAAUUUUAAAUGCUAUUGAAGUGGAUCUACCCUGGAUGCUUCAAUUUACAGCCUUGAUAACAGGGUCUUGCGUCAUUCCCAUAGCUCUUUCUAUAACUUGGCAUAGAAUUACUGGUAGUGGAGUUAUUUCUGGCGUAUUUGGUGGAUUGGUCAUAGGCAUUGCUGUUUGGUUGGGUUACGCGGCGGGUGAAGGAAAUUCAGAGAAGGGAUUUAAUUUCAGAGACGAUACCGGUCAUCCCAUAAGUAUGACAAUAGGUUUAGUAACAACGAUUAUCAGUGGAGGAAUCAUAUGCGUCGCUGUCAGUUUACCUUGCGGUGGAUGUGAUAAGAAUUUAUCUGAGGAGCAAACUUGGGAGAAAACACGUCAGUUGGAUAAUCCUAUAAUGCCAUGGUCAGUAAAGUAUGCUCCAAAUAUCAAGAAAGCUCAAUUAGGAAGACAAAAUAGACCUCAUUUCUUCACCGUCAGAAGAACUUUUAAGUGGAGUGAGUACAUUUCCUACAUUCUCGGAGUCUUCCUAACUGUUAUGGCUGUACUUGUUUGGCCAGCUGCUAUGCUUACUGCUAGAGUUUUCAGCUUCAAUGUUUUUGAAAACUGGCUUUGUCUUGGACUGAUUUGGGGUAUAAUAGCCCUGAUUUUCAUUCUUCUGGUACCUCUACUAUGGGAGAUUUUAUUGCUCUGCAGACAAGCCUACUACAAUCGUAAAUGGGAGGAUGACGACAAGAAACAAUUGCAAGAUACAGAAGCACAAUCUACUCGUACUCCAUCCGAUAUUGAUGCAGACUCCAACAAAAACGUACCUGUUCAAACCAACUUGAAUAAUGACAACACAACGCUUUCUACUAAAAGGCAAAGUAAAACUGAGAUAUAUAAGGAAAAGACGGAAAUCUCUGAAGUAAAACAAACAAGAACCUCCUUUAUUGGCGAAGUCAAUCAAGGAUUUGCCGCUGAACAAACCGAAUCAGAAAUAGCCUCAAGAACAUCUACACUAGGUCGAGAGUCAGCAACCGGAACUGGUACAAAGGGACAAAGAUGGAGAACAUUUAUUCAUUUAAAUUAA